AUGCCGACCGCCGCCCAAGACAUUCCCGUCCGCAACGGCAGCUCCAGAGACGCGCUCGCCAGAUCCGUGUCCAACUCCUUCAACGCCGCCGAAGCCUCUCUGUCGCGCAGCCCAGAGCUCAGCUUCCACAGCCCCAACCAGAGCUACUCCGGCCCACCGAAAGUGUCAGCAAAGCAGCUGCGACCCUUCCAGACACAGGAUGUCAAGGUCCUGCUGCUGGAGAAUGUCAACCUGACCGGCCAGUCGAUCCUCACAAAGCAAGGCUACCAGGUCGAGGCACUCAAGAGCUCACUGCCAGAGGACCAGCUCAUUGAGAAGAUCCAACAUGUUCACGUCCUUGGUAUCCGAUCGAAGACACAGCUCACUGCCAAUGUGCUCAAGCAUGCUAAGAACUUGAUUGUGGUUGGCUGCUUCUGCAUUGGCACGAAUCAGCUCGAUCUCAAAUUCGCCGCAGAGAAUGGUGUUGCCGUCUUCAACUCGCCCUUCAGCAACUCGCGUUCGGUGGCAGAGCAGAUGAUUGGCUGCAUCAUAUCGCUCGCACGACAGAUCGGUGAUCGCAACGUGGAAAUGCACAAGCGCGUCUGGAACAAGGUCUCUGCUGGCUGCUGGGAAGUAAGAGGAAAGACUUUGGGUAUCGUUGGAUAUGGACACGUCGGUGCACAACUUUCAGUGCUGGCAGAGUCGAUGGGCAUGAAGGUCAUCUACUACGACGUCGUCAACCUCAUGAACCUGGGCAGCGCAACGCAGGUACACUCCCUCGAUGAACUCCUCCAAGGCGCAGACUUCGUGACACUGCAUGUCCCCGAAAUCGAAGACACGAAGAACAUGAUCAGCGGCCCACAACUCGAGAAGAUGCGAAACGGCGCAUACCUUCUCAACGCCUCGCGAGGAAGCGUGGUCGACAUCCCAGCCCUCGUCAAGGCGCUCCAAGACGGCAAGCUCGCCGGCGCAGCAAUCGACGUCUUCCCCAACGAGCCAGGCAGCAACGGCGAACACUUCAACACCCAACUCAACGACUGGUCCGACGAGCUCCUCAAGCAAAAGAACGUCAUCCUCACCCCCCACAUCGGCGGCUCAACAGAAGAAGCACAAGCCGCGAUCGGCGUAGAAGUCGCAGACGCUCUCGUCAACUACGUCAACUUCGGCACCACAAUCGGUGCCGUCAAUAUGCCUGAGGUGACCCUCCGCUCCCUCACCCUGGACGAGCCCAACCACGCCCGUGUCGUCUACAUCCACAAGAACGUCCCCGGUGUGCUACGCAAAGUCAACGAGAUCCUCGGCGACCACAAUGUCGACAAGCAGAUGACGGAUAGCAGGGGAGAUGUGGCUUACUUGAUGGCUGAUAUUAGUAAUGUCAACGUCUCGGAGAUCAAGAACUUGUACCAGAGCUUGGAGGAUCUUGGUAGCAGAAUCAGGACGCGAGUCUUGUAUUAG